CUCUCUCUUCCUCUUCAUUUAGCACAUCUCCUUUUGUGUAGGCCCCUUGUGAAGGAAGGCCUCCUCCCAUUUGAGUUGCUUCUCCACUGGAAGAUGACAGCCUAAUAAUCAAACCAGCCUGUAAAGAGCUAGAGAGAGAGAAAGAGAAGAAAGUUGCAGAAAGUACCACUUAAAAAGUCUCUGCCUUUUCCUUUUCUUUCUUUGCUCUCAGAGUUCUUGAUUGGUUCCUGUUUCGUCCCAAACACACACAUUCUUGAACUGGGUUUUACGCCAUGUGAAUCCAAACCCAAAGCAUUUUUCUAUCAAAUCCACAUUCUCUUACUGCAGCUUCUUCAAGAACAAUCUCAAAACCAGCUCCUUCUUAGUUUUGGCUUUAAGGUUCUCACUAAAACUACAAGAUCUACAAAAUGGUGUUCAUCAUCAUUACAAAACCAUAUCUUGUCCUUCUUCUGUUCUUCCUCUCUUGCUAUACUCCAUCUGCUUUGUUUACUCCGCCAGAUAACUAUUUGAUUUCUUGCGGCGCAUCGCAAAACAUAACCUUCCAAGGCAGAACCUUUGUUCCAGAUUCCCCCCACUCAUCUCUCGUCCUCAAAACCGGAAACUCCUCCUCCCUAGCAUCACCAACAUCUACCACCAACCAGUCUCUCUCGAUCUACCAAACCGCUCGCGUUUUCUCCGGUUUAGCUUCGUACCGAUUCAAAAUCACCUCACCGGGUCGACAUUGGAUCCGUCUCCAUUUCUCACCGAUCAAGAACUCCACCUGGAACUUAAACUCCGCUUCAAUCACAGUCGUAACAGACGACUUCGUCCUCCUGAACGACUUCUCAUUCAACAACCACAACGGCUCUCACAUCUUCAAAGAGUACACAGUCAACGUCACUUCAGAUCUCUUCACCUUAACCUUCAUCCCUUCCAACGACUCAGUAGUCUUCGUCAACGCGAUCGAAGUCGUCUCCGUUCCGGACAGCCUCAUCCCCGACCAAGCUCUGGCUCUAAACCCUUCCUCUCCAUUCACCGGUCUCUCCCACCUCGCGUUCGAGACAGUCUACAGGCUAAACAUGGGAGGACCGUUGCUGACUUCCGAGAACGACACUCUGGGGAGACAAUGGGAGAACGACGCCAAGUAUCUCCAUGUCAACAGCUCUGUCCUCGUCGUAACGGCCAACCCUUCCUCCAUCAAAUACACUGCCUCCGCCACCCAGGAAACAGCUCCCAACAUGGUCUACGCCACCGCCGACACCAUGGGCGAAGCCAAUGUUGCUACCCCAAACUUUAACGUCACUUGGGUUCUCCCCGUGGAGCCGGAGUUCAGGUACUUCCUUCGCGUUCACUUCUGCGACGUCGUGAGCCAUGCUAUGAACACGCUCGUCUUCAAUCUAUACGUUAACGACGAUCUCGCUCUUGGAAGCCUUGAUCUCUCGACGCUGACUAAUGGUCUCAACGUUCCUUACUUUAAAGACUUUAUCUCCAACGCUUCCGUGGAGUCUCCCCGUUUGUUGACCGUUAGCGUUGGGCCUGAUUCUCAGGCUGACAUCACCAACGCCACUAUGAAUGGUUUAGAGGUUUUGAAGAUUAGUAACGAAGCUAAGAGCUUAAGCGGUUUGUCUUCCGUUAAGUCUCUCCUCCCUGGCGGAUCAGAUUCCAACAAGAGAACGGAAGUGAUGAUCAUCGGUUCCGCGGUAGGUGCGUUUGCCGCGGUUCUGCUCGUCGCGGUUUGUUGCUACUGCUGUUUAGCUGCUUCGAGGAAGAAACGUUCGACGAGUCCUCAAGAAGGAGGUAACGGUAACGGUAACGGGCAUCCGUGGUUGCCUUUGCCGUUAUACGGACUAUCUCAGACUCUCACCAAAUCAACGGCUUCUCACAAGAGCAAUACCGCGAGCUGCAUCUCGUUGGCUUCGACUCACCUCGGCCGUGUCUUUAUGUUUCAAGAAAUCAUGGACGCUACUAACAAGUUCGACGAGAGCUCCUUGCUCGGUGUCGGCGGGUUCGGGCGUGUCUACAAGGGGACGUUAGAGGACGGGACUAAAGUCGCGGUUAAACGAGGGAACCCGAGGUCGGAACAAGGCAUGGCUGAGUUCAGAACGGAGAUCGAAAUGCUUUCCAAACUCAGACACAGACACCUUGUUUCACUCAUCGGCUACUGCGACGAGAGGUCGGAGAUGAUUCUUGUCUACGAGUACAUGGCGAAUGGACCGCUGAGGAGUCAUCUCUACGGAGCUGAGCUUCCUCCGCUGUCGUGGAAACAAAGACUAGAGAUCUGCAUCGGCGCGGCGAGAGGGCUGCAUUACCUACACACCGGCGCGUCGCAGAGCAUCAUACACCGCGACGUGAAGACUACCAACAUCUUGCUAGACGAGAAUUUGGUCGCGAAGGUCGCGGACUUUGGUCUAUCCAAAACCGGACCUUCGCUUGACCAAACUCAUGUGAGCACUGCGGUUAAAGGAAGCUUCGGGUAUCUCGACCCGGAGUACUUCAGGAGACAGCAGUUAACCGAGAAGUCAGAUGUGUACUCGUUCGGGGUUGUUCUGAUGGAAGUGCUUUGCUGUAGACCUGCUUUAAACCCGGUUUUGCCUAGGGAGCAAGUGAACAUAGCUGAAUGGGCCAUGGCGUGGCAGAAGAAGGGUCUUCUCGAUCAGAUCAUGGAUAGUAACUUAACGGGGAAAGUGAACCCGGCGUCGCUUAAGAAGUUCGGUGAAACGGCUGAGAAGUGUUUGGCGGAGUACGGUGUUGAUAGGCCGUCGAUGGGAGAUGUGUUGUGGAACUUGGAGUACGCGUUGCAGCUUGAAGAGACGUCUUCGGCUUUAAUGGAGGCUGAUGAUAAUAGUACGAACCAUAUUCCUGGGAUACCGAUGGCGCCAAUGGAGCCGUUUGAUAAUAGUAUGAGUAUGAUGGAGAGAGGAGGAGGAGGAGGUAACUCGGGGACAGGGACUGAUGAUGAUGCGGAAGAUGCGACUACUAGUGCUGUGUUUUCGCAGCUUGUUCAUCCUCGUGGAAGGUAGAAAAGAUUGAAAGAAGAAAUGAUACAGAGACAAGACAUUGUUUGUUUUGAAGUUUUACAGGAAAGAUUAAGACAAAAAAGAAAAAGACUUUUUGGGUUGGAUGAUCCAAAAUUAUUCAUUCAGAUGAUUUUUAUUUCGAAUUUUAUAUAAUUUGUUAUGUAAUAUAGUGAGUACGGAUGUUUGAAAGCAAUCAGAAUGUGAUUAUUUAUUUUUGUAACU